UAUAAUCAGAUCUCAGACCCCCCGCACCCCCCUGCAGUCCGAUACCGGGUACAGAACCGAGAGCUCGCGCACCAUGAGCGGCGGUGUGUACGGAGGCGAUGAGGUGGGAGCUUUGGUGUUUGAUAUCGGCUCAUUCUCCACCAGAGCUGGUUAUGCUGGAGAGGACUGUCCUAAGGUGGAUUUUCCCACAUCGUUGGGCGUGCACGUGGAGGACGAGGCGGCGACGGAGAUGGGGGCGGAGCAGGAGAACCGUGGGCGGAGUUUCUUCAUUGACACCACGGCGCUUCAUGUACCGCGAGCUGGAGUGGAGCUGCAGUCACCGGUGAAGAACAGCAUGAUUGAGGACUGGGAGGCAUUCCAGGCGAUUAUGGACCACAUCUACAGCAAACACAUCAAAUCAGAGCCCAACCUUCAUCCUGUCCUCAUGUCUGAAGCUCCGUGGAACUCUCGAGCUAAGAGAGAGAAGCUGACCGAGCUGAUGUUUGAACAUUACAACAUUCCUGCUUUCUUUCUCUGCAAGACUGCAGUGCUCACAGCAUUUGCAAAUGGGCGUGCCACUGGGCUGGUACUGGACAGUGGAGCUACACACACUACUGCAAUCCCAGUGCAUGAUGGGUACGUCCUGCAGCAAGGUAUCGUGAAGUCUCCUCUGGCCGGUGAUUUCAUCACGAUGCAGUGCAGAGAAAUGUUCCAGGAGAUGAACAUCGACAUCAUCCCUCCGUACAUGAUCUCCUCCAAGGAAGCGGUGAGAGAGGGAUCUUCUCCAGUCUGGACCAAAAAAGAGAAACUUCCUCCUGUUACCAAAAGCUGGCACACGUACAUGUGUAAUGAGGUGAUUCAGGAUUUUCAGGCUUCAGUCCUGCAAGUGACGGAUUCACCGUAUGAUGAACAGGUGGCAGCUCAGAUGCCCACACUGCACUAUGAAAUGCCAAGUGGGUUUAAUGCAGAUUAUGGAGCGGAGAGACUGAGAAUUCCUGAGGGUCUCUUUGAUCCCUCCAACGUCAAGGGAUUAUCCGGUAACACCAUGCUGGGUGUUGGACACGUGGUCACUACCAGUAUCGGCAUGUGUGACAUCGACAUCAGACCUGGUCUGUACGGCAGUGUGAUUGUAACAGGAGGAAACACUUUGCUGCAGGGAUUCACUGAGAGGCUGAACAGAGAGUUAUCACAGAAAGCUCCGCCCAGUAUGAGGUUGAAGCUGAUCGCCAGUAACAGUUCAAUAGAGCGACGCUUCAGUUCCUGGAUCGGAGGAUCAAUUUUAGCAUCUCUGGGAACCUUUCAGCAAAUGUGGAUCUCUAAACAGGAGUACGACGAGGGAGGGAAGCAGAGCGUGGAGAGGAAGUGUCCCUAAAUCUAAGAGGAAAUACUGACACCUACACUGUAUGGCCAAAAGUAUGUGGACAGACCGUGUCAAUAUUACGUUCAAGUGUUUCAGCCACACCCGUUAGCUGAUAGGUGUAUAACACUAAUUUUAUUACAUUAAUGAUGUACAGUUAAGGGAAGAUAUUUUCUGUAACCUGCACAGAGCCCUGUGAACACCUUCAGGUUGAUUUGGAACAUCACAGGUCUUCUUGUCCGGUGAGAGAGAACACUUACCUCUAGGAUAGUUGCCCCCCUCGUCCUGUCUCUUCACACCUUUAGGUAUUGAAACGACUCUUUCUGUUUGACCCCCCGUCCUGUAUCCUGUUACCCCUCACACCAUUUGAACUCCUUUGUAUUCGCCUCUCUGUUCCUGUUUCCUUCCCCCUUUAUUGUUCCUCUCAAGAUAAAAGUAUCCCCAAAAAUAUGUCUAUUCAGAUCUGAUGGUCAACUACGCUGCGCCGUACCUCCGUAUGUGCUAAUAAAGCUCUCAAAAUCCUGAGGAAAGCCUUCUAAUUAGCCAAAGAAUCAGGAGCGACUUCAUAUCAGUGUCCAUGGUUUUGCAAUAACGUCCAACAGGCACCCUGUGAUGGACCGGGUGGUGAUGGACCCGUCUGGUGCGUUUCCUACAUUCCGCUCAGUGAAUAGGACCCACUGCAACCCUGUACAGGAUAAAGCAUAUAAAUGAAAGAAGUCCAACAAGCUCCCGGUCUGGUGUCCACAUACUCUGGUUGUAUAGUGUGUGUAUAUGCUGAUGGAAGCUGGUCGUCUUCACUGUGGUUCCUUCUGCAGGAGCUGUAACGGUCAGAUCAGGACACAGAUCAUUAGUGUGGGGGUUUUCUUUGUUAUGGUUGUAACCCAUGGGUGUGAUUUGCAUGGGGCUAUCAGAAGAAACUGGACACACACACAUCCCCACUGGCUGUAUAUUCUAGCAGAACUAAAUCUUCAGUAAAGGUCGAUUCCUGUACAAAUAAUUAUUUAAAAUCAAAACAGACCUCAAUAAAGAAUAAAAAUGA